AUAAUGACUCACAUUUUCAUUCUUUUUUUUUUUAUUAUUAUUGAAAUCUUAUAUCAUGCAUUCUAGAUACAAUAAUAUCAUAUUGUCAUGUAGAAAGUACACAGAAAGCACUCUAACAAAAUUUCCCCUGCAUUGCAUUAUCAAGAGAUAAAGAAGGGCAAAUUGGAGAUAUUAGGUAGAAUUUGUGGGAAAAUAUUGGUUGUCUUUAAGUGCUAGCAUGAAGUGGUCAAAAUCAAAUAUCAUUAAUCCGACAUGUGCGGAAAAUUACACUUAGUCAUUGAAGAUGUUGCACAAUUUGCAUUUAUGUACAUGGCACUUUUUACUAUAUAUACAUUAAGUUGAACACCAUUCUUUCCACCACUCCACAUCAAAUAAACCUGAAAUUAGGAAUUUUAACAAACAAGAUGUCUAAGUUCUUGAUUAGCAGUUCUAUGUCAUCAUCCCCCAUUUUUAUACAGCCUAGAGACAGUUUCCUGGUCCAAAAUGUGGAUAUAGCUAUUGAUCGCUGCACAAAGGUAGCUCGAAAUGUAAACCUUGAAAGGCUGCAAAACAACUACUUAUUUCCCGAGAUAUCAGCACGGGAAUAUGCUCAUAUGAAGAAAUAUCCAAAUGCAAAGGUAAUCAGCCUUGGAAUAGGUGACACCACGUUUCCAAUACCGGAUGUGAUAACUUCAGCCAUGUCUGAUUUUGCCAGUUGCCUAUCCACUCCCCAAGGAUAUAGAGGUUAUGGACCCGAGCAAGGGAACAAGGAACUGCGUAAAGCAAUUGCACAAAAGUUCUACGGUCAUUUGGGAGUGACCGAUCGAGAGGUUUUCAUUUCUGAUGGCUCACAAUGUGAUAUUUCUCGCCUCCAGAUGCUUCUGGGGUCUAAUUUAACAACCGCUGUACAGGAUCCUUCUUUUCCGGCGUACAUAGAUUCAAGUGUCAUAAUUGGUCAGUCUGGUGAUUUUCAAGCCGAUACAGGGAGGUAUCAGAAGAUAGAAUACAUGAAAUGUGGGCCUGAGAAUGCUUUCUUUCCUGAUUUAUCGACUGUCCCAAGAACUGAUGUUAUCUUCUUCUGCUCUCCGAAUAAUCCUACUGGCCAUGCAGCAUCAAGGAAACAAUUAGAACAACUUGUACAAUUUGCCAGGGAAAAUGGGUCAAUCAUUGUUUAUGACUCCGCGUAUGCAGCAUAUAUUCAAGAUGACAGUCCGCGGUCUAUAUAUGAAAUUCCAGGCGCCCGAGAGGUAGCAAUUGAAGUUUCAACAUUUUCGAAAAUAGCCGGAUUCACAGGUGUCCGUCUUGGUUGGACCAUUGUUCCAGAAGAGCUCCGUUAUUCAAAUGGGUUUCCAAUCAUAAAUGAUUAUAAUCGCAUUGUGUGCACCUGCUUUAAUGGCGCCUCCAACAUAUCUCAGGCUGGUGGAUUAGCAUGUCUUUCUUCAGAGGGUCUCGGGGCUAUGCUCUCAGUUGUGGAUUACUACAUGGAGAACGCAAAAAUACUGAAACAGACUUUCACUUCCCUAGGCUUAAAGGUUUAUGGUGGAAGAAACGCCCCUUUUAUUUGGGUUCUUUUUCCUGGGAAGAAAUCGUGGGAUGUGUUCAAUGAGAUUCUUGAAAAGAUGCAUAUAAUAACUGUCCCAGGUAGUGGUUUUGGCCCAGCUGGUGAAGGAUUUAUUAGGAUAUCAGCAUUUGGGAGGAGGGAGACCACCUUAGAGGCGUCAAAGAGGUUGAAGAUGAUUUCCUAUUAGGUGUGCAUAUAACUUUUGUUGCUUUAUGGUUCAAGGAUUAACCUAAAGUGCAUAUAAGUAAUGUUUCUAGACAUGUUUGGACUAUAUAUAGAAACACUAUAACUAUAACUCCAACUCAUGUUUUAAAUUUUCUCUGUGUAUUUAUCGCACCAUAACUGAUAAUGAUAAAAGUAUUUGCACCUUGAAUUGUAGAACUGUUGUUCUAGUUUAUGAUGCUUAUGUAUGAAAUAGGAGUUUGGUUGAGUCUAUUGUUUUAUAAAAAUAAGAAUCAUCUACUGGGAUUUCCAAAAUCUUCAAACUAUGUCUUGGCUGUGUCUGUUGAAAGGUUUGUUCGAUUUUAUUGGUUAUAGGGCCAAUUUCAUUCUCCUUUUUAAUA